GUGUUUGCUUGGGGGGUGAACGAAGACGGCCAGCUAGGGCUGGAGCGGGUGCAGCGGCCCGCUGCUGUAGGCGCAGACAAUGUGAUUGUCGCCAAAGUGGUGGAGGCGUGUCUUGGUGACAGCCGCAACACAUUAGCCAUAGGCGCUGAUGGCAACGUCAUCACCUGGGGCUGGAAUGCUCGGGGCACGCUUGGGCACGGUCAUCGUGAGCCGCAGGGAAAGCCACAACGCGUAGCGGGCCUGCAGGGCGUGCACAUCAAGCAGGCGGCCAUCGGCGGCUGGCAUGUGCUGGCAUUGGACGACACUGGGCAGUGCUGGGCAUGGGGAGGGAACGAGUAUGGACAAUGCCUGCCGCGGGACAAGCGCGACAUCCUGGCACCUGUCAAGUGCCUUGAGGGCAUCGCCGUGAAGCAGGUAGCGGCAGGCGGCAUGCACUCAUUGGCGCUGACGGAGACGGGAGAGAUUUGGAUGUGGGGCGAGCCGUGGGGCGACUUCAGCAUGACCAUCAACCGUGCACCCAGGAGAAUAGACACCACCGGCGAUUUUGUGGACGUCUCCUGCGGCGCCUUCCAUAACCUGGCCCUCAACGCUGCUGGAGAGUGCUUCACUUGGGGCAUCAACGACUUUGGGAUGCUCGGUAACGGUACAACUAGCUACGCCACCUGCCCGGAGAAGGUGGUGGGACUGGAGGGUGUGUUCAUUGCCGAUGUGUCGGCAGGUGGCUGGCACUCUAUGGCCAUCUCAGCAGAGGGAGAGGUGUAUGUGUGGGGCCGUGGCGAGUACGGGAGGCUGGGCUUGGGUGACCGCACCGGCUCGUCCAAGCUGAGGCCCCAGAAGGUGAAGACGCUGGAGGGGCACAGAGUUGUGGAGGGCUCUUGCGGUGGCACCCACACCAUGGUGGUGACUGACGAGGGCCGCUGCUUCAUCUGGGGCCGUGGCGCAUUUGGCCGGUGCGUGGGAGGCUAUGCAAGAAUUAGUAGCUCCCUGAUUUGCUGCAAUGCGGCACGUGUGCAUCCAAUCGCCAUACUGAAUGCACCCAUCACAUUACACGCUCAUGCAGGCUGGGCACGGGCGCACAGAAGGACUGCCUUUCGCCGGUGGAGCUCAAACUGCCGGGCGGCCCCGAGCGCUGGCGCGUGA